UAAAUUGCCGGUAUUUGAUAGAGAGAAUUAACACUCAGGAACUUCUAUCAUCAUGAGGAGGGUGUGUGCUGUUUCCCUUUCUUUGCUCUUCCUGCUUGCAGUGGGAAUACAAGGAAUGGUGACCAGUUUAAAGAAUCAUUGUAAGUGCAGAAGUAUGUCUCCCAGUCCUUUAUCAAUGAGAUUAGUGAUGAAGUUCGAAACCUUCCCCAGAAGUGCUUCCUGUGACCAAACUGAAUACAUAGUGACACUGAACUCCGGAAAACAGCAGUGCCUUGACCCAACUUCGCAAGCAGUGCAGAAAAUGCUCAGAAAGUAUGAAAAAUGUAAGUUGCUUCAGCACUUUGGGAUGGAGAAUUGGUACUUUUAUAUCGCUCUCCGGUUGCAAUGGCUACUGUAAGUGGCAGGUUUUGCACAACACAACACCACGUACAGUAGUUACCAAAUUAAUUCUUUUUCUGGGUUUUCACAAUCCAAUGAACCCUGAUUAACACACUGUAUUAAGCCUAAACAAACC